AUGUUGUGUUAGCUUACAUGAUAUAUGUACAUACAAGAGGAUUCUGGGAUAGGGUACAAGAUGGCGUUCAUUACAGAACACGUGUAGUAUUUGGACCCUCAAACAACACAACAGAUGGUGCAGCUGAAGAUGGCCCUGAAAAGGAGUGAAAUCUAUUGCAACAAAGGUGACUUUUGGGGAAACUUGAGCACUUAACUGAUGAGACGUCUAGCAAAAGAAAACUUGACCUUGUGGCGGUCAUUUCGGGCGGCGCAGACGUAACAAGAGGACUCCACAAAAACAUCACAUUAAAUGCCUCAUUGUCAUAUGACCCGGAAGUUGCACAUGGCAACCGAUCAGGAAUGAAAUUCACCUGGCAUUAUGGCAAAGUCACAGGAAAUCACUCCGGUAAACAAGCGGAGGCGAAGGCGGAGGAAGAUUUCUUUACAGCAGUAAACAAGUCGGCCAUUUAUUAUAAUGGAAAUGCAUCUGGCGAACUAGUUUCCUUAAACGACGAAGCUUUUUCUGUUAAUCAGACCUAUCUAGUUAAACUGGUAGUGACCAAGGAUAUUCGCAUUUCCACCGUUUAUCAAGUUAUCCAUUUGAUAGAAGGAGACCCCCCAGAAAUAUAUCAAAGAUGUUUCUUUAACUGUCAACUUAAAGUGAGUCCCUUAGUCAAACUUAGUAUCAAGUCACAAUGCCGCGGAUUACAGUGCUCUAAAAUAUCAUCCUAUGAGUGGAGGCUCUACCAGCAGUUCAAGCGAAACACCUCCUUUACUUGGCAAAGAAAACAUAAUUUACGACUCGUCACAAGUACACCGCUGAAUUCAAGUGACAUUGUUAUCAAAGGAGGUUCCCUUACUGGUGGAAAUAAGUACCGCUUGGCACUAUUCAUAACAAUUACGGACGUUUUAAGGAGAACGAAUGCUUACGAUUAUUCUAUAGCAAUACCUCCAACAGGGGGCAACUGCUCGAUCUCUCCGCCAAGCGGCAUCUCACUGAAGACUGAUUUCAAUCUGAGCUGUAGCAACUGGGAAAGUGACAACACCCCUCUGUCCUACCUGUUUCAGUACAGGCUAGAGAAUGGUCUGUACAAUGUAUUAUAUCGUGGCGUUAACAACAACAUAAGUACCUCUUGGAUACCGCCUGGGAACAAUACAGAUAAUUUUACUGUCAAAGUUAUCGCUACUGUGACUGACAAUUUCGGAAUUUCUACUUCCCCAAUCUCUUUGACAGUUCAGAUCAAGCCAUCUCAGAACACAAACCUUCUAAUGGCAAAGAACAGUACAUUUCAGAAAUUCAUCGAGAUCGGAAACCUGACAGAAGCAGCGCUAAUAGCAAACUCUUUCCUGCUAUCAGUUUUACAAGAAACCUCAAUGGGUUUUCAGGAGAGAUACAAGGUUAUGAACUACAUCCUUGAAAACAUUUCGCCCUUGGAAGCAAAAACAGUCUCAGACCUCCUCCAAAAAUCUUCGGUUAUCGGUUCUGCUCUUCAGGCUCUGGAGGAAGUGCCCCACCAGUCUCUGAAUUUCUCCUUAUCUGCUAUCAGUUCAGUGACGUCACUCCUAUGGUCUAUCGCCCAGAAACGAGACGUAGCAGACAUAUCACUGACAAGGCAAUCGGCAGAAAACUUGGCUUCAUGUCUUAAUACCGUGUUGAAGGCAGCAGCGGUGACUGCAUCAGAAGACUCCAAGUCAAGUUUUCAACAACAGGGUGAACUAUUAGUGAAGAUUUCAAUGAAGGCCCUCGAGAAAGUUGCAGACUCAUUGUUGGCAUUGACAUUACCUGAUGAAAAAACGAUACCAUUCACUGCAGGACAGCUCUCCAUGACACUCGGAAGAUGUAGCCUCCAAAGACUUUCAGGACUGGAAGUAAGAGCAGGAAAAGGUCGGUUUAUCUUACCGUCCAAGAGCCAAUUGUUACUCGCUGGAGUAAACAAAACAAGCUUUGUAGAUGUUCAGAUGCUCUCAUUUUCUUUCAACCCUUACACUUGGGACGGCACCAAGGAACGAGUUGGCUCUGAUGUUGUAACCCUGCAGUUGAAAAACAACGACAGCGAGCUUAUUAAAGUAUCAAAUCUCACGGAAGACAUUGUUAUCGUUACGCCUUUAAAACUUCAGAAAAUCUCUGCUUCAGAAAAGUCAUGGUAUUUCACAAAGAACAAUGAUCUACGUUUCCACGAGAUAAACGUCAAGUAUGAAAACACCCUGCUGAUGCUGGAAAUCAAACCUCAAGAUCCAACCGUACAUCUGUUUGUCUAUAUGCGUUUUGGUCAGCGACCGACAACUCAAAACUACGACCUCAAUGCUACUAUCUCUCAUGACGAAAAGUGUGUUUGGAUGAUAGGCACACAUGACAAAAGGGACGGACAAACGGUCUGCUUCUUGAAUCCACAUGCGCCAAUACAAGUUCUGGCUGAGCGUCCUGGGAAAUACUUACUCGGCUUAAAAAAUUAUAAUGCCACAGUGAACUUAUCUCACACAAGGGAUAAGAGAUCUUGUCUUGGUGGAAGGCGAAGGAAGCGCUCCUGCGUCGAAGUCAAAGAUCCACCACCCGCCCCACCCCAGAGUGAAAAUGUCCCUGUGAUGCCAGUUUAUGAUUCCACAACAGACCAGAACUACACUCUAAAGGUGACCUUGGGUAGUUGCGUUUACUGGUCAGAAACACUUGACAAGUGGAUAUCAUCUGGUUGCCGAGUUUUAGCAGAAUUAGAUGGAUUUUUAAACUGUAGCUGUAGCCACUUGACGUCAUUUGGGGGAAGUCUCUUAGUUGAACCGAAUCGCAUUGACUUCGACAAGGUUUUAAUCGAGUUCCAACAGUUAUCAGAAACUGGAAAUAUCGCAGUUAUUGUGGUUAUUGCGGUGAUUUUAUUAUGUUAUGUGACUGUGCUUAUCAUCGUACGGAAAUUCGACGAGGAAGACGCCAAAAAUAGGGAGGCACCGAUCAAACUUCCAUCAUCUUCAAGCUGCACCUAUGAGUAUAAUAUAGUGAUUACUACAGGGGCUUGGAAAAACUCAGGCACGACUGCUCAUGUUGCUUUGGAGAUUUACGGUUCUGAUGGAAAGAGUGGCAUUCUUCAGCUUAGCCAAGAAGAACCUGGUGCAGUGAAUACGUUAUUCUCACGAGGUAAUUCAGAUGUUUUUGUACUUUAUGUUAACAAAUCACUUGGUGCGAUUCAAGGAGUGCAGAUUGGACAUGAUAAUUUUGGAGAUAGUCCCUCGUGGUACCUAGAAGAAAUCCUGAUUCGGGACGUACAAUCUAAGCAGUCGUGGAAAUUCAUGGCCAAUCAGUGGUUUGCUCUUGAGCGCGGAGAUGGGCGCAUCGAGCGAGUAAUCGACCAGACCUCAAAUAAUUUGGAUUUUGGCAAUGAAGUUGCAAGACGUUGGCGAAGAGGCCUUGCGGAGUCGCAUAUUUGGAUUUCAGUAGCAGCCAAGCUGAGAAAAAGCCGCUUUACAAGAGUACAGCGGCUGUCUUGCUGCCUCUCAGUGCUUUUGACAUCUAUGUUUGCUAACGCGAUGUUCUACAAGUUAGAGGGCAAAUAUGAACAGCCUAUCCAAGUCGGACCGCUGAAAAUGUCGUGGAGACAAGUGGUAACUGGAAUUGAAAGCGCACUUGUUGUGACACCCAUAAACAUUUUUACAGUGUUUCUGUUUCAGAAAGGAGCUGGAAAGUCUUCCACGAACAAUGACUAUUGUCUUAAAGUCUAG